AAUAGUUUUCUCUUAUUUUAAUUUUCUUCUGUAUUUUAUUUUUUAUAUAAAGAGACUGUUGUACAUGAAUUUGAGGGACUUAGAUUUUGGUUUUGCUGAUUUCAAGUUUUAUAUAUAAUUAAGUGAGAGAGUCAGAGGAAGUUAUCAUUGAUCAUAAGAUGGCAAGUGGAAAAACCGAUAUGACGCCUAUAAUAAGCAAGUUAUAUUGUUCGUCAUCUCAGGUAGUUUUGGUGGUGAGGAGGAGGCCGCAUGUAGUAAAUGGAGGAGGUUUUGUCGUCACAAAUUGUAGCCAGAAGGUUGCAUUCAGGGUUGAUGGCUGUGGAAUUCUUGGCACUAAAGAAGAGCUGAUUCUCAGGGAUCGUGAUGGAGAGGCCAUUCUUCUUAUUCGUCGAAAGGGAGGGAUGGUAGAGGCCCUAAGCAUUUACAGGAAAUGGAUAGGUUACAGUUUUGACUACAAAGGAUCACAGAAGCUGGUUUUCACGUUGAAAGAGCCAAACUCAUGUUUGGCAAGGAACAAUACACUCAGAAUCUCCACAGAGCCCAAGCCCAAAGAAAGCACCAAAACUUGGGACUUUGAGGUCAAUGGCGAUUUUCCUGACAGGUCUUGCAGCAUUGUCGACUCUAGAGGCAAUAUCGUAGCACAGGUUGGGAUGAAGAAGGAGGUGGAGCAGAUGAUGGAAAGCAAGGAUGUUUACCAGGUAACGGUAAAAGCCGGGAUAGACCAAGCUUUUGUAAUUGGAGUUAUCGCCAUUCUUGACUACAUGUACGAUGAAUCCACCAGGUGCUAAUCCAUCGGGACUAGAACUUCAAGCGUCCAUUGUUAAUCUUAUUGUUGAAGAUGAUACCGAAUAAUUCAUGCCGCGUGGUUUUUUGGAUUUUGAUCAUAACUUUGUGCUGUCACUAUCAGCUGGUUGGAAUCAAAUUAAUUGCUGAUUAAGAUGAUUAGAGUUUUUUGCUUGUGGUUGUUGAUUUGUAAUUAGGGAGUGCCACCUAAUGACUAAUAUGAAAUGAUCAUUAUGUGUAA